CUCUGAAUUAGUUCGUCGUGGAAUCGUGUCGAAGCUGGACGUGUACAAUGACUGAAGGAUAUAAACUUGGUGAUUUAGUUUGGGCUAAGAUGAAGGGUUUCAGCCCUUGGCCAGGCCGGGUAUCAAUACCAACUCCUGAAUUGAAGCAUCCGAAAAAAGGAAUGUCUGUUCAGUGCAUUUAUUUCUUUGGAACCAAUAAUUAUGCAUGGAUAGAAGAGCAUAAUAUUAAGCCUUACCAAGAACAUAAGGAGCAAUUGAUGAAGUCAAGCAAGUCGGCUGCAUUCAAAGAGGCCUGCAAUCAGAUCGAAGACUACAUAGUUCAUCCUGAGAACUUUGGCGAGAUUGACGAACAUGUCCGUGACCCGGACGAAGAGUUUGACAAGUUGAAGGAUGUCCUCCGAAAGGAGAGCACGGAGUCCGUACCCAAGGAGGAGGCCACGCCUGAAGUGAAGAAAGAGAAAAAGAGCUCUACGCCCAAGAUUCGUUUGGGUUCUAAGGUGAAGGCAGUUAAGCGUUCUUCGUCGACUGGUCUGAAGGCCACGCCCAGGAAAAUGGCGAAGGCGUCCCGAUCGUUUACGGACUCGGACUUGGCGAAUGAUAAGCCGUCCAUGCUUAACCACUCGUUCUCGAAGAAGUCAAGUCUUCUGCAGCGGCCAUCGAAUAUAUUGAGACCUGAAACACCGCCCCUGGAUCUCGAGAACGUAUCUGAGACUCUGCUGGAGAAGAAUAUAAAGGCGAGCCAAAUGAAAUUCGGCUUCCUCGGCCUGGGAAUUAUGGGGAGUGGAAUUGUCAAGAAUUUACUCAACUCCGGCCAUAAGGUCCUUGUGUGGAAUCGUACUGCUGCCAAGUGCAAAGACUUCGAGAAAGUUGGUGCGACAAUAGCGGUGACGCCCUGCGAUGUCGUCGAAGAAGCUGACAUCACGUUCUCGUGUGUAGCAGAUCCACAGGCAGCUAAAGAGAUGGUAUUCGGAAACUGUGGUGUGCUCCACUGCCCCACAUUGGAGGGUAAGGGGUACGUGGAGAUGACGUCAAUUGACUCGGACACAUCACACGAUAUCGUUGAAGCCAUCAGCGGGAAGGGUGGACGCUAUCUCGAAGCUCAGAUCCAAGGGUCGAAAACGCAGGCGGAAGAGGGGACCCUGAUAAUCCUGGCAGCGGGAGACCGCUCCCUCUUCGACGACUGCCAAUCCUGCUUCAAGGCCAUGAGCAAGAAUUCCUUUUACCUUGGUAGCGAUAUAGGAAAUGCGUCAAAAAUGAAUUCCGUACUGCAAGUGGUGGGUGGAGUCUCCUUAGCCGCGUUGGCUGAAGGCCUGGCUCUGGCGGACAGGGCGGGGCUGAACCAGGCCGAUUUGUUGGAUGUUCUGGCGCUCACACCGCUGGCUUCCCCUCAUUUGAUACUCAAGGGACGAGCAAUGAUUGAGUCGUCGUACUCCACGCACCAGCCCCUGAGCCACAUGCAGAAAGACCUGAAGUUGGCGCUGGGUCUGGGAGAUGCCUUGGAACAAUCGCUGCCCCUCACCGCGACCACGAAUGAGAUAUUCAAACACGCGAAGAGACUCGGUUACGCCAACCACGACGUGGCAGCUGUGUACAUUCGUGCUAGGUUCUAAUCCCGGUUAAAAGGAAGGGGUUGUAGGCGGAAUACCGUUUGAGGUAUUAUGCUGGUGGCUUUUGGAAUUACUAGUUUAUUACUUUCGACGAGUUGGCCUUUUGACUAUAGAUGGAAUGGCCUUUUGACUUUCGACGCGUUGGCCUUUAAUAAUGAUAUAACCGCUGGGCAUUUACGAAAUGUAUCAUUACUUUUAAUUAUCAUACGUCCAGUGUUAUAGUAACUAGUUUUUCCGUCAUCAGCAUAUAUAUGUCUUGUCUUGUGAGAAAGGGACAAAGCCUCGAUUGCCUAAGCUCCCUUCCUAUAUCCAUCUCAGUUAUUGGUUGGGCUUGACAAAGUAAAAUUAUGAUUAUUAUUUCGUAUUUGGCUGAUACACGGAAAUGAGCCUUAUUACCGAUUACGUAGAUAUACAAUUUCUUUAAAGUAGAACGUCACUAUAAUGUACUUUAAGAGCCUUAAAAUCAUUUAUGUUAAGACAUUAAGGACUUUUGUUGGUUAUUAUUGAUUGAUGUUUGUAUGGCAGGGGCCUGACGGUCCAUGAAUAUAACGAGAGUUCUAUGGAGUAAGAAUUGUUUCAUAAUAAUGGACGAUAAAAGGCCUGUGUUGCCAUAAUACAGGCCAUAUCUUAAAAGAAUAAAUUUGCGAAAUGAAAAACACAAAAAUACUGUACGUGUGUUUAUUUUGUAUGAACAGUGAUCCAACAUCUGACUCUGUUACAAAUCAACACGCACACACACACACACACACAGUCAAUAAAUAUUGACAGAUAUUGAUGGAUAACAUAAAAUCUAGAUUUUAUGUGAAUAUGCUAUUGACCGUCUGACCCUUGUCUAUGAUUUUACGAUAAGUAUUUAAAUGACUUCAAUCAAGCCCGCUGACCAAAAAUUUAGUUAUAGCUAACAGAACGCAAUUAAAAUUACACGUGUUAGUAACAAAUAUAAGUUUUUAUUCUCAAAGUUAAGCAGGCUUUAUAAGUAGCGUUAUAAAUGUUGCGUUCUGUUGGGUGUUGGAUUUGACGAUCGAUUUUUGAAAAUAAAAGAAGGUAGUCUCAAAAUUCACAAUGAGGGUAGUUAUAAAAUCGGUCGUAAUUAAUUGUAAGCUAGUUAUAAUAGAUAAAUAAGUUCGACGUUUUAUUCAUUUGCAUUUAAAGUACAAUAAAAUAUGUAAAUACAAA